UUGACGGGAGUUGACAGAAACUCAUCUCCCGGUCGGAUUAUAUUGUUUGUUGUUAAAAUCGGACCGUUAAAUCGCUUUAUCUCCGUUCUCUUCUAAAUGUAAAAUCUUCUAACGUAGAAUCGGACACCGAUCUGUUUUGCUCUGUAUUUCGGCUACUUUUUACGAAUAACACAACUUAUUAGACUAGAUUAACACCGGAUUAACUAUCGGGGAACGGUUUAUCUUCUUUUGACGAUCUGAGUGGAAAUCGCGCGAAGUUGCAAGAGAACGGUCGGAAAGUAACUAACGAAGUGCGCUAACCCUUACAGACGACGGAUAUGACGGGCUUAGGCAUGGAUUUCGAGGAUGAUUUCUUCUUCGAGGAGGAUAAAAUGUUGGUUAUGGCGGACUGCGGAUGUUGAUUGUCGAUUAGCCCGUAAUUCGCUGUCGUCACGCUGCGUUACAGUCUCAAUGUGCUUUCUUUUGGUUGUAAUAUGCAUGUCUGAAUGCCACGGUGCGGUGGAACAGUUCAAGAGGUGAUUCGGCCUUGUCCGCGAACAGUACUGGUGUACCUCGAAAUUCGAGCGGAUCAGCCUCGGACGAUAGAGCCUCCUUUGUUGCUCUGACCACCGUACCAUCGGCUAACGUCGAAUUGCACCAACUGGCUAUGAUGGAAGAUCGCAUACCAGACAUAGAGCUGGUCGCGCAAGAUGAAUGUGUACAGCAACGACCCGCCAACCAGAUGGGCAUGACCAUCACAUCCGGGAACGUCGUAAUACAGAAGGACGCCAGUAAUCUUAUUGGCAUAAGUAUCGGCGGCGGUGCGCCGCUCUGUCCGUGUCUGUACAUCGUACAAAUUUUCGACAAUACACCUGUCGCGCUGGACGGCACUCUUCAAUCGGGCGACGAGCUCGUGGCGGUGAAUGGCGCGUCGGUGAGAGGCAAAACCAAAGUGGAGGUCGCGAAGAUGAUCCAGUCCUGCGACUCGCAGGUCAGCAUCAAUUACAACAAGCUGCACGCUGACCCUAAGCAAGGACGCACCCUGGACAUCGCUCUCAAGAAGGUGAAGCAUAGAUUAGUCGAAGGGAUGGGCAGCACCACGGCCGACGCGCUCGGACUGUCGCGAGCCAUUCUAUGCAACGACGCUCUCGUCCAGCGAUUAAUGGCGUUGAAGCGCACGGAGAACUUCUACCGAGGCCUCGUCGCGCACGCCAAGGCCACGUUACACGCCUUCUUCGACUUGACUCAAAUCUACAAAGUGUUCGGGGACGCUUUCGCCGCGAUUGGAGUGCGAGAACCGCAACCGCGCGCCAGUGAGGCCUUCCGGCAAUUCGGAGAGCAACACAGGCAAAUGGAAAAGUUCGGCGUGACGAUGCUGAAAACUCUGAAGCCGAUACUGAGCGACCUCGGGACGUAUCUCAACAAGGCUAUCCCGGACACGCGGCUGACCAUCAGCAAAUACGCCGACGCGAAGUUCGAGUAUCUGUCUUACUGCUUGAAGGUGAAGGAGCUGGACGACGAGGAGCAGAGCUGCGCGGCUCUGCAGGAGCCGCUCUAUCGCGUCGAAACGGGCAAUUACGAGUACCGUCUGGUGCUGAGGUGCCGGCAGGAGGCUCGCGCCAGGUUCGCCAAGCUCCGCUCGGACGUGCUGGUGAAGCUCGAACUGCUCGACAACAAGCACGUGCAGGACGUCGUGUGGCAGUUGCAGAAGUUCGCGACCGGCUUGGCGAAGUAUUACGCCAGCGCGCGGGACCUGCUCUCGGCCGUGACGCUGUUCCCGGUCGAAGUCGAUCUCUCGCAUUCCGCGUUCCAGUACAAAUCCACCGGGCCGCAAACAUUGACGGAUAGCGAGGACAUCGAGGAGUACGAGCCGGAUGAGAAGCAACAGAGCGUUCAGAGCGAGGAGCUCCUCAUCGACACGCAGACCUUCCCGUUGAUAUCGCCGAAGGCGACCGACAACACGUAGCGAUACUUGUUGAGCUUCUGAAGAGUCUCGUAUCUUCUCGAGGAAUCUCCCGCGACUUUUAUCAUGUUCGGCGUAUGUAUACGAGAGCUCUUUCUUGGAUUUUCGUCUCGAUCGCGUUGAAUGCUUGACACACAGUCGGCAGAUUAAGCUGCAAUUGGUAGUAAGCUUUUUUUUACUUUUUGCUCUAAACGCUAAAUUGCAAUAUAAUUUCUAGAUAAAAAGCGUUUCCAGCGCUACCAGGCAUUGCAACUCUCAAGAUUCAAGCGUUAUUACUUUUUGGCAGCGCAGGAAGCGGUUUUUCUUCUUUUAUUUACGUUACAUUUUGCUGCUUAGAACAAAUCCCUUGUCCGCAUUCUUGCUUUAAGACGUAAGCAGUAAUCAAAUUGACCAGCCACGGCCGUUUAUUAGAAGAAUUAGCGAUCGUGGUUGGUCAAUUUGCUUACUGCUGUUUCGUCUUAAAACAAGACUGUGGAAAAGAAGACAAAGCUAAAAGCUAAAGGCUUAUUACAAUUAUUGGACUAUUGUGUGUAGAUCCAGACUUAAAAAUUGCAACACUCUUUUCCGUUAAGUUUCACGACGCGUCUCGUAUCCAGUAGGAAAAUGUGUCUCCUGCGAGUUACUAAAGAGCAAGUUCUAUUGGAUGCACGAGAUAUAUUGCGAAACUCAUCGGAAAUAAGUGUUGCAACCUUUAAGCUUGGUCUACAAUGUGCUCUUUGCGUCUUGUUUCUUGCUCUCUAUCUUUUUUUUUCUGUGAGAACUUCUAUUCACCUAUGGAAAAGAGAUAGAGAGCAAGAUGCAAGACGCAAAGAGCACAUUGUAGACCAAGCUUUAAUCUCUGCCGAUUGUACAUUCCUGAAUAAUGCAUUCCUUGUUAAUCGCAACGCAUGGCGACCGAAUGCCAUUUACCUAAUCCUUCGUUAGUUACGGCGCGAACGAAUUUAUCCGAGUCACGCUGUAUUUAUUGUGUACAGAUGAUGGAAUCUAAUUAUUACUUCCAACGCACGCCGCGCAACUCGCAGAUGUAAGAUACAUAUUUUUAAUAGCUAUCUUAUCCUUACGAUCUUUGGGACGUAUUUAGCGAGCAAAUUAUCCGUUAUCGGAUUUUGUUUUCUAUAAAUUCAGUUGGAGCGAUAUAUUUGUAUUUCAUACACAAAGAACGCGCCAUCAAUUAUAUUUCUCCUUCGAUCGUGCGUGAGAACGCGAUAUAUAGAUAUUAUUUAUAAACUAUACAUAUAUAAUAUAUAUAUAAGUAUUUACAAAUCAAAUAAUAUAUAUACU